ACCGGCCCGCCCACGGCCCCGCCCCGCCGGAAGGAGACCCGGCCUCCUCCCAUUGGCAGCUGCACUUCGGGAUGGCAGCGGCGGGGACCCCGGCGCCGGGCGGCAUGGACGCGCGGCUGGAGCAGGAGACGGCCCGGUGGCUGCGCUGGGACAAGAAUCCUUUAACUUUGGAGUCAGUGAAACAAUUAAUUGCGGCAGGUACGAAAGAAGAAUUACAAGAAUGUUUUGGGGCCCGAAUGGAGUUUGGGACUGCUGGCCUUCGAGCGCCUAUGGGCGCAGGGAUUUCUCGUAUGAAUGACCUGACCAUCAUCCAGACUACACAGGGAUUUUGCAGGUACCUGGAGGAGCAGUUCAGUGACCUCCGACAGAGGGGUGUCGUGAUUAGCUUCGAUGCCCGAGCUCACCCCCCCAGUGGAGGCAGCAGCCGAAGGUUUGCUCGACUCGCUGCAACCACGUUUAUCAGCCAGGGGAUUCCUGUGCAUCUCUUUUCUGAUAUAACCCCAACUCCUUUUGUGCCCUACACUGUGUCGCAUUUGAAACUCUGUGCUGGAAUCAUGAUCACCGCCUCUCAUAACCCAAAGCAGGACAAUGGCUAUAAGGUCUACUGGGACAAUGGGGCCCAGAUCAUCUCGCCACACGAUAAAGGGAUUUCUCAAGCUAUUGAAGAAAAUCUGGAGCCCUGGCCUCAAGCUUGGGAUGAUUCUUUAAUUGAUGGCAGUCCACUCCUUCACAACCCUACUGCUUCCAUCAAUAAUGACUACUUUGAAGAUCUUAAAAAAUACUGUUUUCACAGGAGCGUGAACAGGGAGACGCAGGAGAAAUUCGUGCACACCUCUGUCCACGGGGUGGCGCAUGACUUCGUGCAGGCAGCAUUCAAGGCUUUUAGCCUGGCUCCUCCGGAGGCCGUGCCUCAACAGAAAGACCCAGAUCCUGAGUUUCCAACUGUCAAAUACCCGAAUCCUGAAGAGGGCAAAGGAGUCUUGACUUUAUCUUUUGCUUUGGCUGACAAAAUCAAAGCCAAAAUUGUGUUAGCAAAUGACCCAGAUGCCGACAGACUUGCUGUGGCAGAAAAACAAGACAGUGGCGAAUGGAGAGUGUUUUCAGGCAAUGAGCUAGGGGCCCUCUUGGGCUGGUGGCUCUUCACUUCUUGGAAAGAAAAGAACCAAGAUCGAAGUGCCCUCAGAGACACAUAUAUGCUGUCCAGCACCGUCUCAUCCAAAAUCUUGCGUGCCAUUGCUCUGAAGGAAGGGUUUCAUUUUGAGGAAACACUAACUGGAUUUAAAUGGAUGGGAAACAGAGCCAAACAACUCAUAGACCAGGGGAAGACAGUCUUAUUUGCAUUUGAAGAGGCUAUUGGGUAUAUGUGCUGUCCUUUUGUUCUGGACAAAGAUGGAGUCAGUGCAGCUGUCAUAAGUGCAGAGCUGGCUAGCUUUCUAGCAACCAAGAAUUUGUCUUUGUCUCAGCAGCUAAAGGCCAUCUAUGUGGAGUAUGGCUAUCAUAUUACCAAAGCUUCAUAUUUUAUCUGCCAUGAUCAAGGCAUCAUUAAAAAGUUGUUUGAAAACCUAAGAAACUAUGAUGGGAAGAAUCACUAUCCAAAAACUUGUGGCAAAUUUGAAAUUUCUGCUAUCCGGGAUCUUACAACUGGCUAUGAUGAUAGCCAACCUGAUAAAAAAGCUGUGCUUCCCACUAGUAAAAGCAGCCAAAUGAUCACCUUCACCUUUGCUAAUGGAGGCGUGGCCACCAUGCGGACCAGCGGGACAGAGCCCAAAAUCAAGUACUACGCGGAGCUGUGUGCCCCUCCUGGGAACAGUGAUCCUGAGCAUCUGAAGAAGGAGCUGAAUGAACUGGUCGAUGCUAUUGAAGAAAAUUUUUUCCAGCCUCAGAAAUAUAAUCUGCAGCCAAAGGCAGAGUAAAAUAUUCCAGCGUGAAACAUACCAUCAGUGAAGUCUGGGAGUGGAGACAACUACUCUGAAGAUGACAAGAUGUAAAAGAUAUCCAUUCUGGUUUUGAUUAUUAACUGCUUUCAAGUCCUACAAUAUCUUCAAAGUUGUAUUUUUAAUAAAGUAGCUAUGUAAUGUUAUGUUCAAUUAUAUUAUGCCUGAUGAUGUGGACAAUUCUAUUGAAAAUAACAAGAGAAAGCAUAGUAACUACUGUAGAUAACCUAAUAUUGUGGCCCUAUAUGUCUUUUUCAUUUCAUGUUUUUCUAGGAAUUUAUUUUGUUGCUGGUUUUGAUCUCUUUUUCCCUAUAAUACAGAAAGGAUAGAUAUACAUGUCUCACAUGGGAAGAAUUUCUAAACUAUUUACGGGAACAGAUUAUAUAAUACAUGAUGUAAUGAAUGGAUGCUCUGAAGAAGAAGAGACACUAAGAAACCCAGUGCUAAUUCUGUAGCGUUAUCAUAUGAAAUCUAGCAAUACUGUCAUUCACUGUUCAGAGUGAUAUUAGUCUAGUGUCUUAUGUUCAAUUUCAGCAUAUGUAAAGAUAAAGACAGCUACUUACAAAGAGACUGAGAAACAUUAUGGUAAACAUUAUUGAUUUCCCCAAAAUCAGGUCUUGAAGACCUAAAAAGCCUUCAUUAUCCAGUAAUGAUCUGCUACGGAGUAAGUUCUAUAAUGCCCAGUAUAUAUUCAAUGUGUGUGAAGAUGGGGACAACUAUUUGGAAGAAAACUAGAGACAAUAAGAUAGACAGUGAAGACCUCCAGUGGACUUGCUUUGAAAUCUGUGUUUCUUUAAAUUGUUUCCUUAUAAACUAUUUUGUUCUGUUUUGCUGUUUAAUCUUACCCUCUUUAAGAUAAAAAACAAGUGUGUAUGACUGAUAACCAUAUUACUGAGUUCUUGUUGGAUCAUUGAGCAGAACUGUUUGCAGUGUCAUUGUUUGAAUAUCACUUUGUAUGCUUUAAUUUUGUAACUUGAGCAACUAUUUCUAAGAUGACGUUAUGUAACUUAUCAACUGGUGAUUUCUUACUGUUUAUUUUUCCGAAAUUCUAUAUUGUUUCUACCCUUUUUAUCUAUUUUUUUUCUUUAAAUAAAAAAAAUAAGUGGGGAUUUUUCAGUGGUGGCUGGAUCUAGAGUAUAUAAGGCUAAAAUUGAUUCUGGAGUUGAUUCAUGAAGCAAUGCUAGGAGUAACGAUAUAAGUGUUAACUGUCCUAAGUUGUCUGGAUAAAAUAAAAGAAGAUGCUGUUAAGUGAAAUCCGUGUUGCUUUUGCUAUCUUCCACCUGCCAUGAACUGUUACCCCUCUGCCAGGAGCUGCUCUGCCUUGGAGCCAGCCAAUUAUGGACUGAAAUUUCUACAAGCUGUAAGCCAAAUAAACCUUUCCUCCUUUAA